CAAUUCACCACCAGGUGCUCACCAAUAUUGAAGCGCGAGAUAUUACUUGCGGAAAGAUUAGAGUCUCUCCUGUUAUUGCUUGGCUGAAAAGAUGGUGGCGACAAAGGUCACAUUACCAGAAGACCUGGGAUCAAAAUCUUUUGUUAUGUUCGAUGACUUGGUUUCAAGAGGGAAGCUAUUCUACAGUGAAUCUCAGAGCGAGAUUGUAAGCCACAACGGCUUCGAGUUCGAGUUCCGCAUUAGUCCAGCCUUGAAAAGAAAGCCAUAUCUAGAGCGAGAUGAUCCCAAGCGUACGACGGAAAAGGGGCCGUUCCUCCACCCGGAUCCCGAAUUUGUCGCUGCCCAACCUCAGACUCGAGAUCUCAACCUGGGUGACGUUGAGGCUGCACGUGCUGUGAUGGCUGCACUGAAGCCCACUCUGGGGCCUCAACUGAUGAUUUACAACUGUGGAGUCGACGCCGGAUCAUCUCAGGGCCACAAGCAUGUGCAGAUUUUCCCUCAGCCACCUCGACUUUUGCUAUAUCCUCAAAGAGCGACCUCUGAUAGCGAUAAGAGAUCAAUCGAUUCGCGUAUCCCUGGGGUUCCUAACCAACAUUUUGUGUUGCGGUUAACCCAGGGAGUGACCCCUGAGCAGACCUAUCGCAGUCUGCAAAGACUAGUCUGCGCAACUAGAGAGACUCAGACAACCGGCGGGCGAGGCUACGACUACAAUGUCAUCAUGGCUGAAGAUUGGAUAUGCGUGGUGCCGCGGCGACUUGUGGGGAGAGACGGGGUAGGAGCGAAUGGUGCAGGCAUGGUGGGUCUGGUAUGGCUUCGAGACCAGGCAGAGAGAGACGGUUGGGACUCUUUUGGUUUGACAGAUCAUCUUGUUCAACUUGGUUUACCGAGGGGCUAA